GCGGUUCCACUCGGGUCGCAGUGGUAGUGGCGCGCCGCGCACUCCUGUCGCUAGCGGCGGUCUCUCCACUCGCCAGCACACCCCCGCCGUUAUCCCAGCGCGCGCCUCCCCUCGACCCUGCGGGAACCCUAGACGCGGCGGGGUCGCCGCUCGCCGUGAGGUGACGCGAUGGGUGUCCUCGCCGCCGCUGCGUUGGCUGUGUUUGCGGCGGCGGCGCUGGUGGUCGGCGCCGGUGCGGCUGGGGACUCGCCGACCGACCUCGGCGGCGCGGCGGGGGAGAUCGAAAGCGUGCCAGAUGUGAAGAACUUGGGGCCAUGGGCAAAGGGGCUGCUGAAAGGUAUGCCCGCAGCGGCAGCGGGACCAGCAGCAAUGGCUCCUGUCGCGAAGUAUCCGCUGGUUCUGGCAGAGGAGAGGACGCGGCGGCCUGAUGUCCUCCAUCGUCUCAAAAUGUAUGAGGGAGGGUGGAACGUCACCAACAAGCACUAUUGGGCGUCUGUUUCAUUCAUAGGAGUUUCCGGAUUUCUUCUUGCUGCCUUGUGGUUCAUUUUUUUUGGGAUAGCUGCGGCUGGGCGAUGCUAUUUUGAAUCAAGAACGGCCAAAGGAAAGGCUUCUCAUGCAAAUGUAGUACUCCCUGUGUUGAUCGUGGUCUUUGUGCUUACUUUAAUAGCUGGAUGCAUUGUCCUUUUGUAUGGGCAGAGUAAAUUCUGUGAAGAAUCUACUCGGACCGUGGAUUUUGUUGUAAACCAAUCUGAUUUCACUAUUCAGGCGCUAAGGAAUGUUACAGAAUACUUGUCAUUUGCAAAGACAAUCACUGUGGCAGCACUCUAUCUUCCAUCAGAUGUUCAAGGUCAAAUUGACAAUUUGAAGGUGGACUUAAAUAAAGCAGCUGAUACCAUAUCUCAGAAGACAACAGAAAAUUACAAAAGGAUAAGAAAAGUUCUUCAUAACAUGUCUGUUGUAUUGGUUUGCAUAGCCGUGUUGUUGCCUGUUCUUGCAUUCCUUGGAUAUGUGUUAGAGCUAUAUGGACCGAGAUAUACAGUUUACAUAUUUGUUACCUUAUGCUGGAAAGCGGUGGCAGCUCUCUUUAUUCUUCUAGGAAUUUUCCUGAUACUAAACAGUGCUGCAAAGGAUACCUGCCAAGCAAUGGACCAAUGGGCCCAACAUCCUCAAGCAGAGACAGCUCUCAGCAACAUCCUUCCAUGUGUGGAUGAAAGCACAACCAAUCGAACCUUGUACCAGAGUAAAGAAGUCGUGGUGAUGCUUGUGAGGAUAGUUAAUAGAGCUAUAUCUGCUCUUUCAAAUCGAAGACCACAUCAUAAGCAUCCAGGGCAGCUCAUGCCUUACUUGUGUUCUCCAUAUGAUUCAAAUUUCAAUGAUCGUCGGUGCAAGUCUAGGGAGGUCACAUUUGAAAACGCAACAACAGUUUGGCUGAAUUAUACAUGCUUGGCUCAAGACAGCGACUUGUGCUCUGGCAACAGAAGCCUGACUUACGGGAUCUACGGCCAACUUGUCCUGGCUGCAAAUGUAAGCUACGCUCUGUACCAUUAUGCCCCCGUCCUGCUCAACCUCCAGGACUGCAAGUUCGUCCGCGCCACAUUCAGCUCCAUUGCUUCACAGUACUGCCCUCCUCUGGAGCGUGACCUUGGGUUAGUCUCCGCAGGCCUGGCGCUCAUUGCCUCAAGCUUUGUACUCUACCUCCUCUGGAUGCUCUUUGCGGACCGCCCCCAAAGGGAGGAGGUGUCCGAGCUGCCACCAGGGUCGAGGAUCACACCAGUAGACAACUCUCCAUGAUACAAAGUGGAUGAGAGUGCUUACUUCCAUGGUUAACAAAAAAUUUAGUACAGUUCCAUGGCUACGUAAAAUAAUAUUACUAUAGCAAGUUUCAGUUAUAGUUAGGAAAAGCAAGAAGACCGAAGCACCAGUGCAAAUCCCCAUUCUGCAGUGGAGAGUAAGGUGAAUGAGUGCUUCCUUAUGUUGUAUGUUCACGCUAUGGCCUAUGAGAUUGUUGUAAAAGCAAUGAAAUAAUCGAUCAGGGGGAGAAAGCCCCACC